UCAGUGUGUUUUUCAUUACUGAAUAUACUUCAUUAUUUUUGUCUAAUCAACAAAGUUGGAAACCUGGUUAUUUAUUGAGAUAUGAGCCAUUUGGGCAAGAAGGGAAACAAGCAGGUGGGUUCCAGACAAUCACUUUUGUUUGCAUGAGCCAAUCGUGAUGAAACUUGUAUUGCACAUUAAGUUUGGGAUUACAUUUGGGACCAGUUAAGCAAUGUUAGCUGUUACAUUACAUAGAAUGUUCCUCUAAAUAAUUUGAGUGUUCAUGUGGGUAUUUUGUACAGUUAAGUGUGCUGGUAGUUUAUAUGCAGACUUAGCUUGAGAUCUAGGUCUCUGUUACUAAAAACAGUAAAAGUAUUUCCUAAUUAAAUUGUCACAUCAUUCAUUACCUUUCUUUUAGGAGUCAUUUGAAAGUUAACUAAAACUUAAAAAAUAAUGUUGCUUUUAGGAGGACAAGCUGUAGCCAUAAGAUUGGGCAAGCAACAAAAAGAUAAGAGAACAGCUGUCGUUGUACAAUGCGGUUGGCGGGGAAGUCGUUAAAAUGCCGACACAUUUGUCAUUUGAAGAUGUAAAGUCGUGCGACAGCAAGCUGUGGGACAUUUUGAAGUCAUCAGAUGUAGGUGCUUGGAGGACCAGUGUGCCUGUGUCUGUAAAACAGCAAGCUGUUCGCCUGUUUUGCAUGACACAGAGAGCUGCAGAAGAAAAGGAACUUUUGAUUUCAGAAAUGAAGUCAACAUUACAUUUCUUUUCCAAUGAACAUUCAGGUCUUUUAAACAAGGUCCUGGAUAAUGUUAAAGGAGACAUGCCAGUCAUCAUCAAAGAAGGGCUUUAUGUGGAAAUGAAAUUUAAUUCAUUACUGAAGGCAUUCCAGUCAUAUCUCCCAGACUUAACACCGACUUUGCUUUCUGAUUUUGCACAAAAGGUUGGUCUAACCAGCGUUCAAGAGGCUCGUAUUUCUGAAAUAAAUUAUGGAAACUUACCAGAAUACGAGUUAGAACCCUCUGAACCAACUGAUGUAAUACUCAGUGAUGAGGAUUUUACAGACAGUGAUAGUGACAAUGACUCUGAUGGUGACAAUUAAAUGUUUAAAAGACAUCAUUGACUCAAAAGCAAUAUUGUCUUAAUUGUCUCAAUUGAAUUGUUCGCAAUAAGUGUUCUAAGAUAAGACAAACAACUGUGCUAUGGCUUUUUAAAUGCUCUUGUUUGUAGCUCAACUGGUAGCUCAACUGAGCACAAUGUGAGCUUUUGUGAUCGCCUUUUGUCCGUCGUUGGUUGUAUAACACAAAAGCUCACAUUGUGCUCAGUUGAGCAAAAUCAGAUAGCAAAGUCAGGGUUUACUCUGGGAGAUCUGGGAGAUAUGACUGGAAUGCCUUCAGUAGUGAAUUACUUGAAUCACUUUCCAGCCAUAUCAGUAAAAAGGUGAUUGGCAUUUAUUUCGUAUUUAAAUUCGCUUUAUAUUGACUUUUCUCCCCGCAAAUUUUGUUAGUGGAGCCCAAAUUAGGUCAUCCCGCUAGGAAAUUUUGCAGCGAGUAAAGUCGAGAUAUAUAUAGAGCGAAUAUAACUAUGAAAUAAACGCCAGUAUCUUUCUUGCUAAUAUGGCUGGAAAGUAAGCGGAAUUUAAAAACUUAUGCUUUGUAAGCACACUUAUCGGCCACAUUUAUUGUUCGAUCUUUUUCAUCUUGUUAACUCAAUAUUUAUUGUCCACUACCGGUGAAACCGGGGGGGGACUUAUUGUUUGCGCUCCGUGUGUCAGUCUGUCUGCGUGUGUCAGUCUGUCUGUCAGUCCGUCACACUUUUCUGGAUCCUGCGAUAACUUCAAAGUUCUUCAUAUUUUUUUAUGAAACUUGAAACGUGGACAGAUGGCUUAUAGGGAGAUUAUGCACGUCAAUUAAUUUUGUUCCUAUGUCAAAAAUUGUGGUUGCUAUGGCAACAAAUGUAAAAAAAAAAUAAAAAAAAAUUACUGACUGGUGGAGUUUUACCGGUAGGGGACCAUAUUGCUUGGCAAUCUCUUGUUCCAUAUAUACUGAAGUUGUUAUCCCCCGCCAUAGGCAGAGGGAUAUUGUUUUGGCAUUUUCCGUCCGUCCGUCCGGAGCCAUAUCUUGGAAGUACUUUGGCGGAUUUCAUUGAAACUUGGUAUGUGUAUAAAUAUGGAUAAGAGGAUGAUGCACGCCAAAUGGCAUUGUACACAAUCUGUUAAUAACGGAGUUAUGGCCCUUUGUAUCUUCAAAAAAUGCUUUUUUGUGUGUCCGGAGCCAUAUUUUGGAAGUGCUUUGGCCAAUAUCAUUGAAACUUGGUAUGAGUAUAUAUAUAUAUAUUAUAUAUAUAUGGAUAAGAGGAUGAUGCAUGUCAAAUGGCAUUGUACACCAUCUGUUAAUAAAGGAGUUAUUGCCCUUUUUAUCUUGGAAAAAAAUGCUUUUUUGAUUGUCAAAUAUAACACUUGUGUCCAGAAGCAUAUUGGCUGGGGGAUAUCAAUUCAACGAAUUUGCUCGUUAUAAACUCACAUUUCAAUGACAAUUUAUGAUAUCUGUUUUCCAGCUGUAUACUGUAUCAUAUGUAAAUCAUGA